AUGAUGGCAACUCUGCUACUGGUGUUCCUCCUACUAGACUGUUCAGGAACUCAGGAAAUCCUUACAGUCACUAAGAUAUUUGUUCAAAAACAACAAACUAUCAUAAUCCCUUGCUUAUAUGAUCACAAAUUUGUCAGUUAUUCAAAAUACUUGAGUUCAGGAAUGAUUUGGGCCUUGAGUAGACAUGUAAUAGACAAGAGAAUAUCUAUUUUGGAUAAACAAACAGAAAACUUUUUCAUGGUGACCCUGAGGAAUGUUAUGAUGGCCGACACUGGCAAAUACUGGUGUGGUAUUGAAAUGUAUGGAUAUGAUCCUGGGAAAUCUUUUUAUUUGGAGGUUGUUGAAGAUAACACAAGGCUUCCUGUCUCUAAUCAAACAUUGGAAGGCUAUGAGGGGGGAAAUAUUACCAUCCACUGUCACAGGGCUACAAAAUGGUGUAAGAUUGGGGGAUCAUGUGUGGAAGGAAAUAGAGGAACCAUAGAUAAAACUAUAGUAAAUAUCAGUGGUGAUAAGGAAGUCCUGAAUGUGACCUUGGAUGGACUGCAAAUAAAGGACAGUGGGUGGUACUUCUGCUCGGAUGGGGAAAUACAGAUGCCUUUUCAUAUUACUGUGAGGAAGGCCUCAUACAACAAUGUCACCUCUGAUACAGAGCUCGUUCAGGAAAAGCCCAUGGAACUUCCGAAGAACUUCCCAUGGCUCCUUCCUAUCAUUUUGGGAGUGGUACUGAUCAUAAUAGUCUGCGGAGUUGUGUUAUUGAUCUAUUUAACAAAAAAAAAACAAAGAGCUGCAGCUUCUAAUUUGAAUGAAACUAUGACCAAGGAACAACUUUCCCAAGGAAAGAAACAUGAGGUUGAAUGUGAAGGGCCCUAUGAAUUUAUGGCUGGGACUGAACAAAGCAUUGAGCCAACUGCAAUGGAUAAUAAAAACAUUUAUGAAUCUAUGGCCAAAAAGUGAAAUUGUGAGAUGAAUGUGUUUGCUAUAUUUAUAAGGGAUAAUACACAAUAAAUCGACAGGGUGAUCAGGACCCCUACUAAACACAUUAUAAUAUAUCCUGCUUAUUACAUGGCUACUAACCAAAUAAAUAAAUAGAUGGACAUAAAAUAUUUAUUUGCAUUUAAAUUAUGUAAUUUGAGAAAAUAGAAAUCGCCAAACAGCUAAAAUCCACCUCCAGUUUGUGUCAGAGUUCUGGUGGCGGUGUUUAUUUUGUAAAAAAAGACCAUCUAACUCUUCAUUAUUCCACCUAUUAGAAGACUACUUUUCAAAUAUGUAAAUAGAUGGACAUAAACAAUUUAUUUGCUUUGAAAUUGUGUAAUUACUGUAUGUUUAAAGAAUUAAAUCAUUGAACAGCUGAUAUCCACCUCACGUUUGUGUCAGAUUUUUGUUGGUGUUUAUUUAGUAAUUAAUAAUGACGUCUGACUGCUCAUGUUGCAUCUUAUUACAAGACUACUUGCCUACAUAAAUAAAUAUAUAUGAAUGCAAAUUAAACAUUGAUUUGAAUUAAAAUUAUUUUAUUAGCUUACUUAUCACAAAGAGAUCAGAGUAGUAGGAAAGAUGCCUUGCAAUACCCAGACGAGCAGUCUGAUAUGAGGAUGUGCUGUUGUUACAGAGAAAUAUCAAACUUCUAUAUGCCGCCACUGACCUAUCAGAAUCAGAGAGUUUCUGAGAGUUGUGUAAAACUACAUGCAUGUUGCUCAAAAUCUUGUAUGUUGCUCAAAAUAAUAAUACUAAUAAAUUGGAAUUG